UUUGGUAAAUGUCAGAUAACUGGGACAGAUUUGAAUCAAUAGAAGUGAUUGUUUGUGGUGUCUCAGGCAGUGGGCAGAUCCAGCUGUGGCAGUUCCUCCUGGAGCUCCUGUCCGACAGCACCAACGUCUCGUGCAUCGCCUGGGAGGGCACCAACGGCGAGUUCAAGCUCAUCGACCCGGACGAGGUGGCCCGGCGCUGGGGCGAGCGCAAAAGCAAGCCCAACAUGAACUACGACAAGCUGAGCCGCGCGCUGCGCUACUACUACGACAAGAACAUCAUGACCAAAGUCCACGGCAAGAGAUACGCGUACAAGUUUGAUUUCCACGGCCUGGCGCAGGUGUGCCAGCCGUCCACCACCGAGCAGGCCAUCUACAAGUUCCAGGGGAACUUCUCCCCGAUCCCGUUCACUGGUUUCUCCAAACUGAAUCUGAUGACGCCCGGCGUGGGGCCUUCGGGGUUCCCGUACUGGCCCGGUUCCCCUCCCGCUGCUCUGUAUCACAGCCACAACCUGCAGCCUCCUGGGCCCAUUGGCACAGUGUCUCCAUCCCACAUCAGCUGCGUCAACAACAUCAACAGUCUGAGCAACAUCAGUACCCACUACAACUGACUCUCACUGAGGACUGAAGGAGGCGGUUAAGUGUCCACACAGGUCGGCUUUGACAGAUUAAAUAUUUCUUGAUUUGACUCCCCUCAUUGGCACUUCCUGGCUAAAGGAUGCGCAACACUUUAGUGUUAGGGAAAAMAAUAUAAUAUGGUCGUGAAAUUGUGAAAUAUGUUCCCCACAAUUAACCAGUGCAGUAACCUGCUACUGAAAUACUGAAUACAAGCAGGAUCUGCAAAAUAAAGUAGAAAACAUUUAGAUAAAUUGUAUUUCGCUGAGAUGCAUUUUGUGUCCAGAAUUAUUCUUUUUAAACGCACCAAAAGGUCGGAUUUUACGCACAGUGGAUAGAAUCCUUUACGCGCGAUAUUUUGCAAAUUACAUAAAUCCGGAGACCUCCCAAAAUAUAGAUUUCUUAAUUUUAGCAACAGUUUGAAGAACUCAAUUAGAAAAAUAAAGAAACACUUUAAACGGGGGACUUGAGGGAGGAAAACAAAGAGCGUACAUUAAAACAAAAUCAAACAAAACAAAGAAAAUGUCAACAUAAAAUAAUCAAAGACACGUUUCUAUCAGCUAAAAAUCUGAUUUWCUGUUUCUGUUCGUCCAUCACUGCAGUUUUAUUUUUAAUAUCCGACUGGAUUUUUGUGUUUAGGAGCGAAUCAACCAAUUAUUAGUGGAUCUCUGGCGCCAUCUCGUGGUUGAAAACUGGUAUGUCCUUCUUGUGUGAUAUACAGCAUUGACAGUUGAUUAUUUGCAUUGGCAUAAAAUGCAUCAGAUCAAACUUCACCUAGAUUUAUACACAGUAACAAUAAAUUUGGUUCAGAAACAGAGUUUUAUGUUAAAUAGGCUGAACAGUGACAAACUGAUGAACUCUGUAAAUACAGUAGGUUUUGGUGCAGACAGACUCAUUGUGCUGCUUUUUUAAUGAUUUCAUUGCAAAUUAACUGACUGAUUAAUUUAGCUUCAUAUUGUGGCUUCAACGAGUGUUCCAAUGGAGAAAAAUCAAGUCAAUAAAAUUACAUUUAUAAAUA